GCCAGAUUGAGUUGAACGAAUCGUCUCCGAGAAAUAGAUACAUCAAUCUUUAGGAGACCCCUGAGUCAUUUAAGUCCUCGUAGCAGCAGCAGCAGCAGCGUUUUCAGUUUUUUCUCAUAAUGCUCAUGGAUCAUUAGUGAUGGCGGAGUGUGAUUUUCCCCUAUAUCCUACAGAUGGCCGUUUAUACUGUAAUGCCACAUAUGAUGGCGUUCAAUGUUGGAACUAUACGUUAGCAGGGACCACAGCCUUUGGCGCAUGCCCAGAGAAUCAUCCAGCCUCUAUUAUCUUUGACAAUCCCUCUGGUUACUCAUAUAGAAAGUGUGAAAUAAGCGGAAUUUGGUGGAACAACAGCAACACUGGGAUACACGAGUUUGCUAAGUCCAAUUAUCAGCCCUGUGUUUCACAAGCAAUACUGGAGAUGCAUGAUAUUAAAGCAGACAUCCAUGAUCUCAACGUCGAAAGAAUCAAGCUAAUUAUGUAUAUUUACAUAAGUGGUUAUGCUGUGUCCAUUUUACUGCUGACCAUUGCCCUGGCCAUUUUCGGCUUGUUCAAGCAGCUCCAUUGCAGUCGUGUUUCAAUUCAUUCCAAUUUGUUCAUUUCAUACAUUCUGAGUGGUUCAAUGUGGAUUGUAUUUUACAAGGAGAUGUCGUUAAGCAACUUUUCCGUGGAGUCCAGACCGACCUGGUGUUACGUGUUGCAUGCCUUUACACAAUACACAACACUUUGUAACUUCGCCUGGAUGCUGUCAGAGGGAAUAUUCUUACACUUCUGUUUGGUUCAUGUGUUCUCUGAUAAACGGAAGCUGCUCAUUACAUGUUGCGUCGUUGGAUGGGUUCUACCCAUUUUCAUCACUGGUAUUUACUGCAUAGUCCGUGUCAUCGAUGGGGAGGAAGAAAAUCACGGAUGUUGGUUGGAAAUUCAGUGGUCGUUUUGGAUUCUGUUAAUACCUAUUAUUAUAUCUUUAUUGCUCAAUCUCAUCUUCCUAAUCAAUAUUUUGAGAAUUAUUUUAUCCAAAAUCCGGUCUUUUAACCAGAGGGAUUCCGACCAGUUCAGGAAAACAGUCCGCGCCAUAUUGAUCCUUGUUCCUUUGCUUGGAUUACAGUAUAUACUAAUGCCUCUGAACAACGACUCAUUUCUCUAUAAGAUAAUUGUCGCCAUAGUGACAUCGUAUCAGGGUGCAGUUAUUGCUGUGCUGUUUUGUUUCCUAAAUAGCAAGGUUUUAAAUCUUAUAAAAAGAAAAAUAAGAACGAAACAGUGGUGUGUUGGAAUACAGCGCCUUCCGCAAAGAAGUUCUAUUAGAUCGAGCUCGAGAAAAAGUAGUUCCUCCAAAAAGGAAGAAUAUGAUCUGACAGAGAACAGAGGGUCACGUGCUGUGUUUCUACCAAAGUAGACAUUUGGAAUCGAACCUUGAAUCAUGUAUUUUCCCGAUUAUAUGAAAACUGUAAAAAUAAGCAGAUUUCCUUGUCAAAUAUAUGCAAAUAAGUUUACAAACUGUUGAAGGUAAAAAUAAUUUGUUUGAAAAAAAGAUAAUAAUUGUAAGGUAAAAUGUUCAAUUUUGA